AAGCCGCGUCACUCCUCCUGGCAUACCAGCCCAGCGUUCUCAGUCGGAGCCAAACACACCACAACAAGCGGACGUCAGGAGCGCACACAUCCUCAGCGCGCGAUGCUCCGAAUCCAACUCCGAACGUCCUCUCCCGACUCCGCGCGUUUCGGUGAGGGGGGCUCUCAUCUCACCUGCUUGGGGACACAAGCGGGAUAAACAACUCUUGGAUGAAGUAAAAAAAAUGUUUUUUUUCUGCUCUCUCUUUUUACAAAGUGGAGAGUCUUCGCUUCGAACGGGCGUUCAAAGGAAGCACCAACAUCUGCAACUUCGGGAUUGAUUUUUUUAAACUUGACGUCGCGGAAUAACCAGUGAACAAACAUGCCUGUGAGGAGAGGUCACGUUGCGCCACAAAACACGUUCCUGGGAUUAAUUAUUCGGAAAUUCGAGGGUCAGAACAGGAAAUUUGUAAUAGCCAACGCCAGAGUGGAGAACUGUGCUAUCAUCUACUGCAACGAUAGCUUCUGUGAGAUGACGGGCUUCUCAAGAUCAGACAUCAUGCAGAAGCCCUGCACCUGUGACUUUCUCCAUGGGGAACUCACCGACAAAGAGGCGAUCAACCAGCUGGCACAGGCUGUGCUUGGUCCUGAGGAGCGCAAGGUGGAGAUCACUUACUACCGGAAGGAUGGAUCCGACUUUCAGUGCAACACCCACAUAAUCCCGGUGAAGAACGAAGAGGGCGUGGUGAUCAUGUUCAUCUUGAAUUUUGAGCUCGUCUUGGAUGAGGGAAGUGACCGCUCCACAGAGAAUAUAACCCCAGCAUCCCCAACAAGGUCAGAUCUAAGAAGAAGCAGAUUCUUCCGCUUCCGUCAGGCUGCUUUGAGCCUAAUGAACACCAACAAGCAAUCCCUUCCACAAGAGGACCCAGAUGCUGUGAUGGUGGAGUCUCCCAAAGAGGAUGAGGACUCGGUGGCCUUGGAGAGCUUCCCCUCACCCACCAAGAGUGUUUGCAGUCCCAAUGAGGCCAAUGACAUGCGUGCCCUCAUAGGCUCAAGCCACCACUCCUCCCAGGCUAGCAUCGGCCCUGAACCACUUGACCACUCAUCCCUGAAAGUCCCUUGGGAGAAGCUGUACCAAACAGAGCCACAACAGUCCUCCAGCUCCUUGUCAAACACCUUCCCCAGAGGUAGCACCAGCAGCAUGAGGAGAGCCUCAUCCAUCCAUGAAAUUGAGGGCUACAGCUGCAAUUCCAAAAGCGUUUUCAGGGAUCGGCAAACAACUGAAGGACCUUUCAACCAUGUUAGGUCUAGCCUGAUCGGCUCUACCUCGGAUUCAAACAUCAACAAGUACAGCACCAUCCAUAAGAUCCCUCUGAUUGCUCUGAACUUCUCAGAGGUGACCGAGAAGAAGCCUCAUUCUCCUCCAACAUCAGACAAACCCAUUAUAGCACCAAAGGUCAAAGACAGGACUCACAACGUCACAGAAAAAGUCACACAGGUUCUGUCACUUGGAGCUGAUGUUCUUCCCGAGUACAAACUGCAGACGCCCCGCAUUGACAAGUGUACAAUCCUCCACUACAGCCCCUUCAAAGCUGUGUGGGACUGGCUGAUCCUCCUGCUGGUCAUCUACACAGCAAUCCUUACCCCUUACUCUGCUGCAUUUCUCCUCAACGACCAAGAGGAGCAGAGGAGGCGUGAAUGUGGCUACUCCUGCAGCCCUCUCAAUGUUGUGGAUUUAAUGGUGGACAUCAUGUUCAUUAUUGACAUCCUCAUAAACUUCAGGACCACCUACGUCAACCAUAAUGAGGAAGUUGUCAGCAACCCGGCCAAGAUAGCAAUCCAUUACUUCAAAGGCUGGUUCCUCAUCGACAUGGUGGCUGCUAUCCCUUUUGACCUCCUUAUCUUCGGCUCAGGAUCGGAUGAGACGACCACUCUUAUUGGCCUGUUGAAGACAGCAAGGCUUCUACGAUUGGUGCGUGUGGCCAGGAAGCUGGACCGCUACUCUGAGUAUGGCGCGGCGGUCCUGAUGUUGCUCAUGUGCAUCUUCGCCCUAAUUGCCCACUGGCUGGCCUGUAUAUGGUAUGCAAUUGGCAACGUGGAGAAGCCCUACCUGCAACACAAGAUUGGCUGGCUCGACAAUCUGGCCGUGUCCAUUGGGAAGAGAUACAACUACAGUGAUCCAAGCUCUGGUCCCUCCAUCAAGGACAAGUAUGUCACAGCACUUUACUUCACUUUCAGCAGUCUCACAAGUGUGGGCUUUGGAAAUGUGUCCCCAAACACCAACUCAGAGAAGAUCUUUUCCAUAUGUGUGAUGUUAAUUGGCUCACUCAUGUAUGCCAGUAUUUUUGGAAAUGUGUCGGCCAUCAUCCAGAGGUUGUACUCGGGGACAGCCCGCUAUCAUGCUCAAAUGUUACGGGUCAAAGAGUUCAUCCGCUUUCACCAGAUCCCAAACCCACUGAGGCAAAGACUAGAGGAGUACUUCCAGCACUCGUGGACCUACACCAACGGCAUUGACAUGAACACGGAGGUGUUAAAAGGUUUCCCAGAGUGCCUGCAAGCAGAUAUUUGUCUGCAUCUCAACAGAAACCUUCUACACAACUGCAAAGCUUUCCAAGGAGCCACCAAAGGGUGCUUGAGGGCCCUGGCAAUGCGCUUCAGAACCACUCAUGCACCUCCUGGAGAUACUCUGGUCCACAGUGGAGACGUUCUUACGGCUCUCUACUUCCUGUCGCGUGGCUCCAUUGAGAUACUGAAAGAUGACACAGUGGUAGCGAUCCUGGGGAAAAAUGACAUCUUUGGAGAAAUGAUCCAUCUUUAUGCCAAGUCUGGGAAGUCCAAUGCUGACGUGCGUGCUCUGAGUUACUGUGACCUGAGCACCAUUCAGAGAGAAGAUCUGCUGGAGGUGCUUGAUAUGUACCCAGAGUUUUCAGACUACUUCUUCAACAACUUGGAGCUCACCUUCAAUCUCAGAGAUGACUCUGCCAAGCCCACUGAUGUCCAAGAAAGUGGUCCAGAUGACCAGAGCUGUAAAGGCGUGAAAAGAAGGAUCUCUUUCACCCCGGAUCGACCCAAAGGGGAAAACAAGGAAGUGCUUACAGAUGCUCAUAAGGAGAGAGGGUCCAACUCAUGCCUAAAGAGAUGUUCAGUUGCUCUUGGCUCCUCCUCACUUAGCGUUCCCGUCCUGGACUCGGAUGUCAUCGUCAGACAGAACUUGAGCAAAAGGACUUCUGUAGAAGAUCUGCGCUGUGAUAAAUGGACCUGUAAGAAGCCCACGGACUACCUGGUUGAGUCAGCACACUUCCAGGACCUGAGAGAGGACGAUAAUUCUGCCAGUGAAGUCACAUACGGAGAAGUGGAGCAGCGCUUAAGUCAGCUGCAGGAGCAUUUGAACAGGCUGGAGUCGCAGCUGAUAUCAGAUAUUCAGACCAUCUUGCAAAUGCUGCAGAGACAGCCGACGCUUGGACCCCCCGCCUACAGCACUGUGACUGCUAGUCCAGACUAUCAAAGACCUGCUGGGAAGGUUCAGCCAGUUGUUCUGACUGCAAGCCAUUUUUACAGCCAUGCCAGCACUCAAGGCCCCAGCCAUAAACUGGAGAGCACCAUUCAGGAAUCCAAAGACUCUAUUUCCAGCUCGGCUAUUGGGAAUGCACCCGUUGAAGACAGCCUUACAGCAGCAGCCAUUUUUACACAAAGACAUACGGACAAACACAAGCAGCAGCAGCAGAUCACAGUGCAUCAGCAGUCAGCACUGAUUCCUCCUCCAGCUGCAACCUCUUCUGCCUCGUGUUCCUCUGUGCCGCCUUCUGACCCCGGCUCUUGCACCACCAGGCACCACAAACCCAUUUCAGACCCAGAGUUUCUAAGGCCAUGAAACUUUUCAGGAGCACCGAUUUCUAAUUCUGGGGUUAUAAUGCUGUAAUUACUAUGUAGCACCUUUGUUUGUUUGAAUCAGCAUGCUGACACAGCCAUCUGUCCUGAUAAUUCACAAUGGCUGUGUCACGGAAAUGUUCACUUAUUGUGCAUGUGGAUGAAACUGAUUUUUGCAUUUAACGAGAUAGAAACGAGAGACAGUUCUUAGAAGAUCCAUUCACAAUAUCACUAUCAUUAAUAGUCAUAAUAUGGCAUUUAUUUCUCUCAUUAAUAAUUGAAUAACUAUUUAUUACAACAUUGUAGUCUUUACUCAUUUACAUUCCAUAAAAGUAAUGGGGAUUUCCAGCUAUAUUACCCAAAACCUUUUCCUCUGAGUCAGAAAUGCCCUUUUACUGGGGUGGCACCACCAUCACUACUGGUUUUACCUAAAUUCAGGGAUGCUUAUGAUAAUACUAUAUUAGGAAACUUAAUCAAUUUUAUGUUUCGCCAUGACUUAGUGCUCAUAUGGGUUGCUUCCUGCGACCUUACUUCAGCUUUUAAUGUCCAAGUCUGAACAUCAUAUAGUUUACUAAUGAAAUCUCCCCCUAAAUCUGAAAAAAUGAACCUAAAAAAAAGAAUGACACCAUGAAAAUUAGACAGUAACACUAACAUCUCUAAAUAAAAAGAGCAGACUGAUCUACCUCACACAGGACAAGUCCUAAUGACCUGCAUGUUGGAUACCAAAACAUCAGAUUAAAUGGCAUUUCUGUUCAAACACAA